AUGGGGGCAACGCAGACUCAUCCAAGACUACCACAACAGGGAUACGACCCAACACAGACGGGGGUUGGGGUAGGACCUGAUCCUGCGCUUGAAGCCUUCAAUGAAGCCCCCAUCACGGGUCUUCUAUCCGAGGUUCCCGGUAUCGGACCUGCGUUCUCAGGCCUACUGGGAGAAGGAGAAGGCGAGGACUGCAUCAAGAACACGUUCCAGCUGAUCGGGAAGUUCUUGGUGUUGCGAACAUCGAAUGAAGAAGAUGGAAAGCUGAUCGAUUGCGUCGAGCACUGCGAUAAAUUUUAUUGGUGGCUGCAGUCCAAAGGAAUCGGCGGUGUUCGUGGUCGCAUCGUCCAAUGCAUUGCCGAGAAGGUCAACAUGUCAUACCCUGGAAUAUACAACAGUAAGGCGUGGACUGGCCCCAAGGCCGAGGAGAAAAAUUGA